AUGCGUCGAGAGGUUAUGCACGUAUUACUAGUACCCCGCUCGCGAAAACAAAAAGGGCUGCCUGCAACGCCUCAAACCCCCAACCUGGAAUCCAAGAGACCGGCGGCAGACAGUCGGCCCGGCUACGUUUGCUUGUGCCGAUAUACAUACAAACUACCCGGCGCCCGCGCCGCCCGCUCCUCUGCGCAUUUCCGUCUGAACUAGGGUCGUCCGAACGAACAUCCUCAACUCCGGUACGGAAGUCGAUCCUCGAUCAGCGCCGAGCCAAUAACGGACUACUCCGGACGAAAAGAAUAACCGGCUCGAUCCCGCCCCGCGAGCGGACGGCCGCCAUGCGCAGCAUCUGGGCCUGUUCGUCGUGCGCCGCGCUUCCGCUGGUCGCGCUCCUAGGCUGGGACGCAUCGGCGUCGCAUGUAGGAAGGGAAUGGAACGAUGUGCACAGGAUUCCAAAAGCGCGCGUGACGGCGCACCCGGUGCGCCGAGACGAGGGGACCUGUCCGGCCGAGCACACCUCGUGCGCCGCCUCUCUGGGCGGCGACUGCUGCCCUUCUCGAUAUGCCUGCGCGGUCGAUUCGUGUUAUGCGACAACGGCGGGGCCAACGACAGCCUGCGGAAGAGAAGGGUACUAUGCGUGCUUCCCGGUGAACGGACAACCGGGUUGCUGUCCGCUCAACUUUGUGUGCGGCGAUGGCGAGAAUGACGAAGCCUGUUUACCUCCUGCUGGUUUCACAUAUACCGAAAACCCCUGUCCGACCGAUUAUUACCUUUGUCCAGCCUCCGCCAACUAUGGGUGUUGCAGGAGCGGACUGGCCUGCGGCCCGAAUGCUUAUUGCUACCCGACGGACCCGGUAACCACGACCGUCUUUGAGACCAUCACGACGACAUCGGGCGCAGACACGGUGACGAGGACUCGGGCGGUCGAGACGGUCGUUACGCCCACCAUUCCCACCGAGCUCGACGACGACACGUACGACGCCGUCAAGUUCGUCCCGACCAGCGUCCCCAAGGUUCCCGCCUCUUCCCCCUCUAGCGAAUCCGACGGCGGCCUAAGCGGCGGGGCGAUCGGCGGCAUCAUCGCUGGCGUGGUGGUCCUGCUGAUCGUGGUGGUCGUGGCGGCCUUCCUCAUCAUCCGGCGCCUCAAGCGCGUCGAGGACAUCAUGGAAAGAUCCAACCGCGGCUCGUCCAGUGGCAGAAGGACCCGACCGCAUAAUCAAGCCGAGGCAGAGCACUGGGGCCGCCACCUCCACUCGGAAGUGGACGAAAUGAGCGUCAACCCCCUCAUGGCACCCACCUCGGCCACUCCCAACAACACCAGCAUCUCCGGCACCCCGACACCAGCAGGCGGCCCUGCUGCCGGCCACGGUCGCUCCGACUCGGCCGGCUUCCACACCCCGUCCCCCAACAUGUUCCCCAACUUCCCCGACGACCGCUCCCGCCACGCGAGCCCGGACCCCAACGCCGGCUACUUCGGCCCCGCAACCGCCUCUGCCCUGCAACAGCAGCCGAUGCAGCCCGCCCGCAUCCGCGGCAACACCGAGAGCAGCGUCGGCUCCGCCGCGCCCCACAGCGGGAGCGGGUACGCGUACACCCACUGGCGGCAGCAGAGCAACGCCAGCGAGCUAUCCGCGGACGGGAGCGAGAACGGCGUGGGGAGCCCGCUUCUUCCCGGCGGUGCUGGUGGCGCCACGGCGGCGGCUGCGGCAUCCCCACCACCGGGGCAGGCGUUCUUCCCGGAGCUGGACGGGACCGCCACGCGUGCCGAGCUGCCGAGUGGCGGUAUCGCCGGCGGGCCCGGGCCCGGGCCCGUGAUCGUCAGUUCGGAAACCGGAACCGGAACCGGAACCUCUGGGCUGAGGAGCCGAUCGGGCAGCGCCGCCAGCGCGCGCGGGCAUGUCCGGAGGAGGAGCGACGGCGGCGACGGCCGCCGCCCUGGGUCCGGGCUGGAGCCGCUCGACGAGACGGCCGAGAUGCACGGGCACUACGGCCGCAGGGACCAGCAGGCGGGGCAGACGGCCGCGGGGCUAAACGCGCGGUGGGACGACGCGGGUGGGUAUCAUCACCAUCCGGAGGCGCCCGGGAGGAGAGGGCCGUGAAGGGGUCGCGAUGGAUAGGGGUUUGUGAGGGAGUUUGUUCGAGGCUGCGAUGUUAUGUUUUCGUCGGGUCGGGGCCCUUUUUUUUUUUGUCUCUCCCGUCUUGGGCGAUCGUCCGGUUGUUCUUGCUCUAAUUACCGUUUUCUUCGAUACCCAUC